ACAACUAUACUUGUAUAUUUAGUUUAGAGUGCUGGUCAUUUUGAGCGUGUGGCCUCCUGGCCGCUAGAUGGCAGUCAAGUGUUCCGAUUCUUUAUAACUCGACGCAGGAAGGACACAGAAACCUUUGAUCAACGACGAGAAGCAGCACGAUCAGCAUGGGCCGCCACUUUGGAGACUUGGCCAGGAUCAGACAUGUAAUCACAUACAGUCUGUCCCCAUUUGAGCAGAGGGCUUUCCCAAAUUAUUUCUCCAAAGGAAUCCCCAAUGUGUGGAGAAGGUUCACUGCAUCUUUCUUCAAAGUGGCCCCUCCAAUGAUCCUCAUGUACGUGACGUACACGUGGGGCAACAGUGUUCACAAGCAGAGCAAGAGGAAGAAUCCUGCCGACUACGAGAAUGAUGAAUAAACUCUCCAGUUUAUCUCUUGUUAACGCUGCUUCUGUUUCACCAAUAAAGAUGGAAAAGUAUUUAUGUGAAAUCA